ACGCCCUUUUUCAUCAGCCCGGGACAAGUGAGUAAGAGCCACUUCACUGCAUCUCAGUCCCAAGAGCUCCAUCUGGCCGGCUUCAUGAGGGGCUGGACGCGUCACAAUGCACACACAACUUCUCCUCAUUCUCACUUUAUGUGCUCUUCAGUGCGACUGUCAAGGUUCAGGUUGUGAGUCGGGAUUUUUCCGUUGCGGGACGGGCCGGUGUAUUCCAGUCAGUCAGAGAUGCGAUGGGACAAACGACUGUUCGGAUAACUCAGAUGAAAUUGGCUGCCCUCAGCCCACCUGCGAGAGCGCUCAGUUCCAGUGCUUGAGUGACGGCGAGUGCAUUCCUCAGCACUGGGUCUGCGAUGAUGAGGAAGAUUGCGAAGAUGGCUCCGAUGAAAGGCAGCACUGCCCUGGCAGGACGUGCUCCAGUUCACAGUUCACCUGCACCAACGGGGCCUGCAUCCCUGGAGGAUACAGGUGUGACAGAGUGCCCGACUGUCUGGAUGGAGCAGACGAGAGGAACUGCUUUUACCCAGAAUGCUCGGAGCUGAGGUGCGCUAACGGGGCAUGUUUUAAUCGGAGCCAGCGCUGUGACCAGGUGCUCAACUGCCGAGACGGCUCAGAUGAGGCCAACUGCACCCAGCGGUGCAGCAGUGGUCAGUUUCAGUGCAGUAAUGGAGAGUGUAUUCCUCGAGGCUACAUCUGCGAUCAUGAUGACGAUUGCGGAGACAGAAGUGAUGAACAAAACUGCACCUAUCCAACCUGCAGAGGCACUUACUUCACCUGUCCCAGCGGCCGCUGCAUCCAUCAGGUCUGGCUGUGUGAUGGAGAGGAUGACUGCGAGGACAAUGCGGACGAGAAAGGCUGCGAUAAUGUCCAGCGGGAGUGUUAUCCAGGCGAAUGGCCGUGUCCUUCUUCUGGUGUCUGCAUCCCUUUUGACCACCUCUGUGACGGGACAGUUCACUGUCCUGAUGGAGAAGAUGAGACCAACAUCACCGCCGGACGCAACUGCAGUAUCUGGCGCUGUGCUUCGCUGAGCUGUGAACAUCACUGUCACGCGUCUCCGGAUGGAGGAACCUGUGCUUGUCCACCUGGAUAUGUGAUCAACACAAACGACAGCCGCUCCUGCAUGGAUUAUGAUGACUGCAGUCUGUGGGGAAUGUGUGAUCAGCUGUGUGAGGAUCGCAUCGGGAGUCAUCGCUGCAGCUGUCGGGACGGCUACAUUCUGGAGCAGCACAGAUACUGCAGAGCAAAUCCCUCAUCUGGCGUGCCCUCGCUUAUAUUCUCCAACGGCAGAGACCUGCUGAUCGCUGAUGUUCAUGGACACGGCUCUCAAACACUGGUUCAGUCCCAGAACAGAGGAGCCGCUGUUGGUGUGGAUUUUCAUUACCAGCUGCAAAGGGUCUUUUGGACGGACACAAUCCAAAAUAAGGUGUUUUCUGUGGAUAUGGACGGCUCGCGUCUGCAGGUGGUGCUGAACGUGUCGGUGGACUAUCCCGAAAAUCUGGCCGUGGACUGGGUGAACAAUAAGCUGUAUGUAGUGGAGGCCAGUGUCAACAGGAUCGACAUGGUGGACCUGGACGGCAGCAAUCGGGUCACGCUGAUCGCAGAGCACCUGGGAAACCCAAGAGGACUCGCGCUCGACCCGACCGUAGGGUAUCUUUUCUUCUCUGACUGGGACACUCUGAAUGGAGAGCCCGGUUUGGAAAGAGCCUACAUGGACGGCACCAAUCGCUAUGGGAUCAUCAGGACCAAACUCGGCUGGCCUGCAGGAAUCACUCUGGACCUCGAGGCCAAAAGAGUGUAUUGGGUGGACAGUCGAUAUGAUUACAUCGAAACCACAACUUAUGAUGGGCUCCACAGGAAAACAGUAGUUCAUGGUGGUUCUGUGAUUCCUCAUCCGUUUGGCAUUACUCUGUUUGAGCAUUCAGUUUAUUACACUGACUGGACUAAGAUGGCUGUCAUGAAGGCUAAUAAAUACAGCGACAGCAACCCACAAGAGCUCUACAGGACCACACAGAGACCAUAUGGCCUGACCGUUGUACAUUCAUACAAACAGCCAUUUGUCAGUAACCCGUGCGGUGCUGAUCGAGGGGGCUGUGAGCACAUCUGCGUUCUGAGUCACAGAACUGAUAACGGUGGUCUGGGAUAUCGCUGCCGCUGCCGAAUGGGUUAUGAUCUGCACGCUGACGGCAAGAGAUGCGUUGCUGUAAGGCAGUUUCUGCUGUUCUCCAGUCAGCUGGCGGUCCGAGGAAUCCCCUUCAAUCUGUCCACACAGGAGGACAUCAUUCUGCCCAUCACAGGAACGCCGUCUUAUUUUGUGGGAGUGGACUUCAGUGCUGAGGAUAAUUCAAUAUUCUUCUCUGAUACAGUAAAAGACAUCAUCUACAAACAGAAAGUUGAUGGAACUGGUCGAGAGGUUUUGGCAGCCAAUCGGGUGGACGGAGUGGAAGAUCUGGCAUAUGAUUGGAUAUCGAAGAACUUAUACUGGACGGAUCCACGUUACAGGAGUAUUUCUGUGAUGAAGGUGGUGGAUAAAUCCAGACGAGCCAUCGUACGCAACCUUAACAACCCCAGAUCCAUAGUGGUCCAUCCAGUGGCUGGGUUUAUAUUCUGGACUGACUGGUAUCGUCCUGCGAAGAUCAUGCGGGCCUGGGGUGAUGGUUCACAUGCUCAGUCUAUAGUGAACACCACUCUCGGCUGGCCCAACGGCCUGGCCAUAGACUGGAGUGCCAUGCGCUUGUAUUGGGUGGACGCCUUCUUUGAUAAGAUCGAGCACAGCAACUUUGAUGGACAGAACCGGUUGUCUUUGGACCGAAUCACUCAGAUCUCACACCCGUUUGGGCUCACUGUUUUUGGAGGUUACGUGUACUUCACUGACUGGCGGCUGGGAGGAAUCGUGAGGGUCCGUAAAACAGAUGGAGGAGAGAUGAUGACCAUUCGUCGAGGGAUCAGCCACAUCAUGCAUGUCAAAUCAUUCAAUGCCGACUCACAAAUUGGGUUUAACUUCUGCAGCCGGCAAACUAACCCAAAUGGAGACUGCAGUCACUUUUGUUUCCCUGCACCAAACUCCCAAAGAGUGUGUGGCUGUCCGUAUGGAAUGAAGCUGGAAGCCAAUCAGCAGACGUGUGUUGACGAUCCGUCAAACGAGCCGCCGACUCUCCAGUGCGGCUCCAACUCUUUCUCAUGCUCAAACGGGAAAUGCGUCCCACACAGCUACCAAUGUGACGGCGUCGAUGACUGUCACGAUAACAGUGACGAAGCACACUGCGGCGCUCAUAAUAACACUUGCUCGCCCCUUGCCUUCACCUGUGCCAAUCAGCGAUGUGUGCCCAGAAGCUGGCACUGCGACGGACACAAUGACUGUUUUGAUGGCAGUGACGAGAGGGACUGUCCCACUCAGACCCCUGGCACAUGUCCGGCAGACCAGUUCAUCUGUGCCAACCAUUACUGCAUCCCUCGCACUUGGCUCUGUGACACCGACAACGACUGCGGAGAUGGAUCAGACGAAAACAACUGCGAUUCGAUUGGCACGUGUUACCCUGGUCAGUUCCAGUGUCCAGACCAUCGCUGCAUCGACCCUAAUUAUGUGUGUGAUGGAGACAGAGAUUGUGCUGAUGGUGCAGAUGAACAAGGCUGUGUGUACAACUGCACAGCCUAUGAGUUUAAGUGUGCAAACGGCCAUCAGUGUGUGAACUCGUACUACAGAUGUGACGGCGUUUUUGACUGCAAUGACCGCUCUGAUGAAUCUGGUUGUCCCACUAGGCCUCCGGGCAUGUGCCACCAUGAGAGUGAGUUUCAGUGCCAGUCAGAUGGCAGCUGUGUGCCAGUGAAUUGGGAAUGUGACGGUCAUCCGGACUGUGAGGACGGUUCAGACGAGCAUCACGCGUGUCCACCGCGCACCUGUCCCACCACGCAGUUCCGCUGCGACAACGGCAACUGUGUUUACCGUGGCUGGAUCUGCGAUGGAGAUAACGACUGUCGGGAUGGGAGCGACGAGCGGGACUGUCCCACACCACCGUUUCGCUGUCCCAGCUGGCAGUGGCAGUGUCCCGGGCAUAGCGUGUGUGUGAACCUCAGCAGGGUGUGUGACAACACUCCAGAUUGUCCCAACGGAGCCGACGAGUCCCCGCUUUGCAAUGAGCCUUUGCCAGAUCAGGAGAGCUGCUCUGACAAUAAUGCGGGCUGCACUCACGGCUGCAUCCAGGGCCCGUUCGGAGCCCAGUGCACGUGUCCCAUGGGCUUCCAGCUGAGCAAUGACUCGAAGACGUGUGAGGACAUUGAUGAAUGUCACCCGCCGGGCGUCUGCAGCCAACACUGCUUCAACGAGAGAGGCUCCUUCCGCUGCCACUGUCAGGAUGGAUACACGCUGGAGGCAGACGCACGCACAUGCAAAGCCUCAGGAUCUCGAGAGGCCUUGCUCUUAGUGGCCAGUCGGAAUCAGAUUAUAUCCGACGACAUCCUCGCCCAGCCCAACGCUAUUCGCUCUCUAGUGCGAGACGGUCGUAACAUCGUAGCGGUGGAUUUCGACUCAGUCACUGAGCGUAUUUACUGGUCCGACACCACGCAGGACAGGAUAUGGAGUGCUCACAAAAACGGGACUGACCGCACAGUGAUCUUUGACAGUGGAGUGACCGUCACUGAGAGUCUUGCCGUCGACUGGGUUGGCAGAAACCUGUACUGGACUGACUACAUUCUGGAGACCAUUGAGGUGUCCAAACUGGACGGCUCCCACAGAACGGUGCUGAUCAGUGAAAAUGUGACGAACCCUAGGGGUCUGGUAGUGGACCCUAGAAACAACACUCACCUGAUGUUUUGGACUGACUGGGGCAGAAAUCCUCGUAUUGAGAGAGCCAGUAUGGAUGGCAAGUUAAGGACCACAAUCAUCAGCAACAAACUCUACUGGCCCAAUGGAUUGACGAUUGACUACCCCAACAGUCUACUAUACUUCGCUGACGCUUAUCUAGACUUUAUAGACUACUGCGAUUACGAUGGAAAGAACCGAAAACAAGUACUGGCCAGUGAUUUGGUACUGCAACAUCCCCACGCAAUUACCAUUUUUGAGGAUUUUGUCUAUUGGACCGACAGAUACGUCAACCGCGUGAUCCGGGCCAACAAGUGGCACGGACAGAACCAGUCGGUGAUGCUGUAUAAUCUGCCCCAGCCAAUGGGUCUGGUGGCACUUCACCCUGCUAGACAGCCAGCAGGUUAUAACCCAUGUGAUCCUCAUUCAAGCCCCUGCACUCAUAUCUGCCUGCUGUCAGCAGUCGGUCCCAGGUUUUACUCCUGUGCCUGUCCGUCUGGCUGGACUCUCGCCGCUGACCAGUUCACAUGUGCUAGAGUUGAGGAUCCUUUCCUGGUGGUAGUGAGAGACAGCAUUAUUUAUGGCAUCCCACUCAACCCUAACGACAAGAGCAAUGAUGCCAUGGUGCCAGUCGCUGGGCUGCUGAAUGGAUACGAUGUUGACUUUGAUGAUGCUGAGCAGAUGAUCUACUGGGUGGAACAUCCGGGGGAGAUUCAUCGGGUGAAGUCAGAUGGUACCAACAGAACUGAGUUCGCACCAGCAGCUAUUUUGGGGUCUCCAGUGGGUCUGGCUCUGGAUUGGAUGUCUCAAAACCUGUACUACUCCAACCCUUCAUCACAGGCUAUAGAGGUUCUAAGGCUUAAAGGAGAAAUUCAGUACAGAAAAACCCUCAUCACGAACAACGGCUCACCUACAGGCGCAGGAGCUCCCGUUGGCAUUGCGGUGGAUCCGGCACGUGGAAAGAUGUACUGGACUGAUCAUGGAACAGAGAGCGGGAUCCCGGCUAAGGUGGCAUCAGCAGAUAUGGACGGCUCCAACGCGGCCAUCCUCUUCACACAUAAUCUAGAACAUGUGGAGUUUAUAACCAUAGACAUCACAGAGAACAAACUUUACUGGGCCGUCACAGGGACUGGUGUGAUUGAACGCGGUGACCCUGACGGAUCAAACCGGAUUACCAUGGUAAACGGACUGUCCCAUCCCUGGGGUGUGGCGGUGUACGGCUCCUACCUGUACUUCACUGAUCGAGACUUUGAAGUGAUUGAACGCGUGGAUAAAGCCACAGGACUCAACCGGGUCGUAAUGCGGGAUAACGUGGCUGGUCUCAGAGUACUCAAAGUACACCACAGAGACUCGUCAGCCGGCUCAUCUAACGGUUGCAGUAAUAAUGUGGGCACGUGUGAGCAGUUGUGUCUCCCUCGUCCUGGUGGUCUGUUCAGCUGCGCCUGUGCGACCGGGUUCAAACUCAGUGCUGAUAACCGGACCUGUUCUCCAUACCAGUCAUACGUGGUGAUCUCUAUGCUCACUGCCAUCAAAGGCUUCAGUCUGGAGGGAGUGGAUCACUCCGAGUCUAUGGUGCCUGUAGCUGGAAGAGGCCGCAAUGCUCUUCAUGUAGACGUGCACAUGGCCUCAAGUUUCAUCUACUGGUGUGACUUUAGCAGCACAGUAGCGUCCCAGAAUGGCAUCCGCAGGAUUAAACCGGAUGGAUCUGGAUUUCGCAGCAUCGUCACCUCUGGAAUCGGACGAAACGGCAUACGGGGCAUUGCAGUAGACUGGGCUGCAGGAAACCUCUACUUCACCAAUGCCUUCCUGACCGAGACGUACAUCGAAGUCAUUCGGCUCAAUACCACUUUCCGCCGUGUCCUUCUCAAGACCCAAGUAGACAUGCCUCGUCAUAUUGUGGUGGAUCCUAAAAACAGAUACCUCUUCUGGGCUGACUAUGGACAGACCCCCAAAAUCGAGCGAGCAUUUCUAGAUGGCUCCAACCGGACAGCUCUGGUUUCCUCUGGCAUCGUCACCCCCAGAGGUCUUGCUCUGGACCACCGAGACGGAUACAUCUACUGGGUGGAUGAUUCCUUGGAUAUGAUUGCACGAGUUCGGCCUGAAGGGGGCGAAACGGAGGUCGUCCGUUACGGAAGCCGCUAUCCGACUCCGUAUGGCAUCACUGUGUUUGAAGGAAAUGUAAUCUGGGUGGACAGAAACCUCAAGAAAGUCUUUCGAGCAAGCAAACAGCCUGGUGCCACCGACCAGCCAGCCGUGAUCCGAGACAACAUCAACAUGCUGCGGGACGUCACCAUUUUUGACCGCAGAAUGCAGCCAAGUUCAGCCCAUGAGCUCAAUAACAACCCCUGCUUAGAGUCGAAUGGAGGCUGUGCUCAUUUCUGCUUUGCCAUGGCAGGAGCUCAGACCAGGAAAUGUUCGUGUGCUUUUGGGAAUCUGGCUGCGGAUGACAGCAGCUGUGUGGUAUCCCGGGAUGACUACCUCAUUUAUACUACAGAAAGCACCGUGCGCUCUCUGCGACUGGACCCAGACGAUCAUUCGCUGCCCUUUCCUGUAGUAAACGUGCCCCGGACUUCGGUGGCGCUUGAUUUCGACCGCUUGGAUGGCAGGAUCUAUUUCACCCAGAGCUCGGGAGCAGGCCAGAGCAAGAUUAGCUUCAUUACUUUGGCUUCGCCUACCUCUCCCGCUACUGAGGUGGCCUCAGAUCUGGGAGCUCCUGACGGCAUCGCCUAUGACUGGAUUAACAGGAGGAUCUAUUACAGUGACUACAUUAACCAGACUAUCAGCUCUAUGGCAGUGGAUGGAUCUCAGAGGACUGUUGUGGCGCAGGUGCCCAGACCCAGAGCCAUCAUGCUGGAUCCGUGUAGAGGGUAUAUGUACUGGACAGACUGGGGAACCAGUGCAAAGAUAGAGCGCGCAACUCUCGGAGGAAACUUCAGGACAGAGAUUGUCAACACCAGUCUAGUUUGGCCAAAUGGUUUGACGCUGGACUAUGAUGAUCAGAGGCUCUACUGGGCAGAUGCCAGCUUACAGAAGAUUGAGAGGUGCUCGCUCACCGGCACUAACCGUGAGGUCAUUGUAAGCACCGCCAUUUACCCAUUUGCAAUGACAGUUUAUGAUCAGCAUAUCUACUGGACGGACUGGAACACGCGCAGCAUCUACCGCGCAAACAAGCACGACGGGUCUGAUCAGAGGGUGAUGCUACAAAAUCUUCCAUCUCGACCCAUGGACAUCCACGUCUUAUCUAACAGCAAACAGCAGCAGUGCAGCAGUCCCUGCGAACAGUUCAACGGUGGAUGCAGCCACAUUUGCACUCCAGGUCCUCAGGGAGCAGAGUGUCAGUGUCCUUCAGAGGGCCGCUGGUAUCUGGCCGACAACAAACACUGUAUUCCUGACAAUGGCACGCGCUGCCAGCCCGGGCAGUUUACUUGCAUGAAUGGCCGCUGUAUCCGCUCACAGUGGAAAUGCGACAAUGAUGAUGACUGUGGAGAUGGCAGUGAUGAACUGGAAAGGGUCUGCGGAUCCAAACAUCAUUUUGUUUUUGUCCGACAAGCAGCAGCCUUUAUUUCUCUCUCAGCAUUUCACACCUGCGAGCCCACAGUGUUCACCUGUGGAAAUGGUCGCUGUGUGCCGUAUCAUUACCGAUGCGAUCACUACAAUGACUGCGGGGAUAACAGCGAUGAGACUGGCUGCAUCUUCAGACCCUGCGACCCAAAUACAGAGUUCUCCUGUAAUAAUGGCCGCUGCAUUGCCAGGGAAUACAUCUGCAAUGGAAUAAACAAUUGCUACGAUAAUGGGACCUCGGAUGAACAGAACUGCCCUGAGAGGACUUGCCAGCCAGAACACACCAAAUGCCAGUCGACUAAUAUCUGCAUCCCGCGCUCGUAUCUAUGUGAUGGAGAUAAUGACUGCGGAGACAACAGUGACGAGAGUCCCACACACUGCGCCACAUCUACAUGCUCCCACAAUGAGUUCCGCUGCUCGAGUGGACGCUGUAUUCCUGGCCACUGGUACUGUGAUGGAGGAACAGACUGUAAUGAUGGAUCUGAUGAGCCCAUUACCUGUACCUCUCUGGUAAGGACCUGCAACUCUGAGCAGUUUCGCUGCGAUGACGGACGCUGCAUCGCCUCCUCCUGGAUCUGUGAUGGAGACAACGACUGCGGAGACAUGAGCGACGAGGACCAGAGACACAACUGUGCGAACCGCACGUGCUCAGCUCAGGAGUUCACCUGUGUGAAUAACAGGCCUCCUCAGAGGAAGUGUAUCCCGCGGGACUGGGUGUGUGACGGAGAUGCUGACUGUUCAGACGCCUUCGAUGAGCACCAGAACUGCACCCGCAGGUCCUGCUCCACCAAUGAGUUCACCUGCAACAACGGCCUCUGCAUCCGCAGCUCAUACAGGUGUGAUCGGCGUAAUGACUGUGGAGACAGCAGUGAUGAGCAGGGCUGCACCUAUCAGCCGUGUCAGCAGCAUCAGUUCACCUGUCAGAACGGCCGCUGCAUCUCCAGGGAUUUCCUCUGUGAUGGAGAUAACGACUGCGGGGACGAGUCUGAUGAGCUGGACCACCUGUGCAGGAUGCCUGCGCCCACCUGCCCAUCCGGACACUUCCGCUGCGACAACGGCAACUGUGUGCCGCAGAGCCAAGUGUGUGAUAGAAAUGACGACUGCAGCGACAACAGCGACGAGAAGGGCUGCGGCAUUAACGAAUGCACAGACCCAUCAAUGCACCACUGUGACCACAACUGCACCGACACACUGACCAGCUUCAUCUGCACCUGUCGGCCCGGCUACCGCCUCAUGUCUGACAACAAAACCUGCGACGACAUCGACGAGUGCUCUGUCACACCCAGCGUCUGCAGUCAGGUCUGCGAAAACACCCUGGGCUCAUACGUCUGCAAAUGUGCUCCGGGAUUCCUCCGUGAACCAGAUGGUCACAGCUGCAGACAAAACAGCAACAUCCACCCGUAUUUAAUCUUUAGCAACCGCUACUACCUGCGCAAUCUGUCCACGGACGGAGAGGCCUAUUCGCUCAUCCUGCAGGGUCUGAGUAGCGUGGUGGCUCUGGAUUUCGACCGCGUGGAUAAACGCUUGUAUUGGAUCGAUGUGAGCCGCAGAGUGCUGGAGCGAAUGUUUUUUAACGGGACAGGCCGGGAGGCGGUGGUCAAUGGGGUUUUGCAUGGUGAAGGGCUGGCGGUCGACUGGAUUGGGAGGAAGCUUUAUUGGGUGGACAGUUUUCUGGAUUGUCUGAAAGUGUCAGAGCUGGACGGACGCUUCGUGAGGAAGUUAGCUGAACACUGCGUCGAUGAUAAUCACACAUACUGCUUCCAAAAUCCCAGAGCCGUCGUGCUGCAUCCCAAAUUUGGGUAUGUGUACUGGACUGACUGGGGAGAAAGAGCGUUCAUUGGUCGUGUUGGAAUGGAUGGAAAUAACAAGUCUGCCAUCAUCACUACCAAGAUCGAGUGGCCAAAUGGUCUGACCAUCGACUACACCAACGACAAACUCUACUGGUCUGAUGCUCAUCUCAACUACAUUGAGUUCUCAGAUCUGGAUGGGCGUCACAGACACACAGUGUAUGAUGGUGUUCUGCCUCAUCCGUUUGCCAUCACAGUUUUCGAGGACACCCUUUACUGGACUGACUGGAACACUCGAACGGUGGAGAAGGGCAACAAAUACAAUGGCUCUGGACGUGAGAUGCUGGUCAACACCACACACCGACCUUUCGACAUCCACGUAUGUCACCCUUACCGUCAGCCUAUAGUGACGAACCCUUGUGCACUUAAUAAUGGAGGCUGUUCUCACCUGUGUCUCCUGCGGGCUGGAGGUCAGGGGUACACCUGCGAGUGUCCGGAUCACUUCCUGACGGUGCAGAUCGCCGGUGUUGCGCGCUGUUUACCCAUGUGCUCAAGCACACAGUACAGAUGCGCAGACAAUGAACGUUGUAUCCCGAUCUGGUGGAAGUGUGACGGUCAGCGGGACUGUAGAGACGGGUCAGAUGAACCCUCCACGUGUCCCGUCCGGCACUGCAGGCUCGGUCAGUUCCAGUGUAAUGAUGGAAACUGCACCAGUCCACACUUCCUCUGCAACUCCAAUCAGGACUGUCCCGACGGCUCCGAUGAGGACACUGUGCUCUGUGCCACUCAUCAGUGUGAGUCUCAUCAGUGGCAAUGUGCCAACAAGCGCUGCAUCUCUGAGGCCUGGCAGUGUGAUGGAGAGAACGACUGCGGCGACGGCUCCGAUGAAGAUCCCGCUCACUGCUCCAGCCGCACCUGCAGACCAGGACAGUUCAAGUGCAGGAACGGACGCUGCAUCCCCAAUACCUGGAAGUGUGACGUGGAUGACGACUGUGGAGACAACUCUGACGAACCCAUCGAAGAGUGCAUGGGUCCGGCGUACAGAUGUGACAAUCACACAGAGUUUGACUGCAGGACGAACUACCGCUGUGUUCCUCUGUGGGCCGUGUGUAAUGGACACAACGACUGCAGAGACAACAGUGAUGAACAGAACUGCGAGGAGUUGACGUGUGAGCCGUCAGGGGAUUUUCGCUGUGAUAACCACCAGUGUAUCCCGCUGCGCUGGCGCUGUGACGGAGACAACGACUGCGGCGACGGUUCAGACGAGCUCAACUGCUCUCCUCGUCCGUGCACAGAGAGCGAGUACCGCUGCGACAACCUGCACUGCAUUCCUGACCGCUGGGUUUGUGACCAUGACAAUGACUGCGAGGACAAUUCAGACGAGAGAGACUGCGAGCUGCGGACCUGCCACCCGGGUUACUUCCAGUGUGCGAGUGGACACUGCAUCGCUGAGCGCUUUAAAUGCGACGGCAACGCUGACUGUCUUGACUUCACUGAUGAAAGUUCCUGUCCCACACGCUACCCGAACAGCACCUACUGUCCACCCUUCCUGUUUGAGUGUAAGAACCAUGUGUGUGUGCAGCAGCACUGGAUAUGUGAUGGAGAUAAUGACUGCGGGGACAAUUCAGAUGAGGAGCUGCAUCUCUGCUUGGACAUCUCAUGUGAUCCUCCUUUCCGUUUCCGCUGUGAUAACAACCGCUGCAUCUACAGUCAUGAGGUCUGCAACUCUAUAGAUGACUGCGGUGAUGGAACAGACGAGAGGGCGGAGCAUUGCGUGACUCCCACACAUGGGCCCUGCUCUGCAGACGAAUAUAAAUGCGGGAACGGUCAGUGUAUUCCUCUACAGUACGCCUGUGAUGACUACGAUGACUGUGAAGAUCAGAGCGAUGAGCUUGGCUGCUACUUCGGCCACGGACGGUCAUGCAGUGAAAACCUAUGUGAGCAUAACUGUACGGAUUUGUCAGCCGGAGGCUUCAUUUGCUCUUGUAGACCUGGAUAUAAACCUAACCCGGAGGACAAGAAUACCUGCGAAGAUGUGGAUGAGUGUGAGAUUUACGGCACGUGUCCUCAGCUGUGCAAAAACACUAAGGGCAGCUAUGAGUGUUUCUGCGCUGAAGGGUUUAGAUCAGUCGGAGAGCAGCCAGGAGUCGAAUGCGCCGCUGAGGGAAACCCUCCAGUGUUGUUGUUGCCUGAUAAUGUGCGAAUCCGCCGCUUUAACUUGUCGUCAGCGCAGUAUUCAGAUUAUGUGGAUAACGCUGAGCACAUUCAGGCUCUGGACUACCUGUGGGACCCAGAAGGCCUCGGUCUCAGUAUCGUCUACUGGACAGUGUUGGGUCGUGGCUCUGAUUUUGGCUCCAUAAAGAGGGCCUACAUGACCACGUUUGAUGACCAUGGCAAUAAUCCAGUGAAGGAGGUGGACCUGAACCUCAGAUACGUCUCCAGUCCGGACGGCAUUGCUGUCGACUGGAUCGGACGUCAUAUAUACUGGACGGACGCUGGAACAAACAGAAUUGAAGUGGCCAAACUGGAUGGACGUUACAGAAAGUGGUUGAUUCACAAUGAUCUCGAUCAGCCGGCUGCUAUUGUGGUCAAUCCCAGUCUCGGUAAGAUGUUCUGGACGGACUGGGGCAGAAAGCCGAGGAUCGAGACCGCAUGGAUGGACGGUCAACAAAGAGAAGUGCUUCUGGAUGAAGAUCUGGGCUGGCCUACAGGCUUGGCUCUAGACUACCUAAAUGAAAACCGCAUCUACUGGUGUGACUCAAAAGAGAACAUCAUCGAGUCGAUGAAAGUGGACGGGUCCGACCGGCAGAUCAUUAUAUCUGGAGACAUCGGCCACCCCUACAGUCUGGAUGUGUUCGAGGGCCACGUUUACUGGACGACUAAAGAGAAGGGAGAAGUGUGGAAGAAAGAUAAGUUCGGGAAAGGAGACAAGGUGAAAGUGUUGACUAUAAACCCCUGGCUGACCCAAGUGAGAAUCUACCAGGAGCAUCGACACAACCACUCAGUGAUGAACCCAUGUCAGGACGCCUGCAGUCACCUGUGCCUCCUGCGUCCGGGUGGAUUCACCUGUGCCUGUCCGCAGGGAUCAACACUGCUCACCUUCAACAAAAACCAGUGCGACGCCGCCAUUGAGGCCGAGGUGUCCAUGCCGCUUGCAUGCAGAUGCAUGAAUGGAGGAACGUGCUUCACUGAUGAAGGAGGCCUGCCCAAGUGCAAGUGUCCGUACGGUUACUCUGGUAGUUACUGUGAAAUGGGCAAGUCUAGAGGAGCUCCCGCUGGCACAGCGGUGACGGUACUGUUAGCAGUGGUGAUUAUUCUGGUGACUGGAGCUCUGGUUGUGGGAGUUUUCCUCAACUACAGGAGAACUGGAUCUCUCAUCCCGUCAAUGCCUAAACUACCCAGUCUGAGCAGUCUGGUGAAGUCUGGAGAUACGGGGAAUGGAGUGUCCUUUCAUUCGGGUGAUAAUGUGACCAUGGAUCUGGAGCCGCAGACUCUCGGGGUGUCCUUCAUUGACAGGGCUAUGCAGCUGGAUGAGAAUUUUGCAGACCCUGGACGACAGCCAAUUACGUUUGAAAAUCCUCUGUACUCGACUGCAGCCGCUCCGUCCAGUGAUCCUGCAGUAAUACACGCUACACAGGUCACUGUGAACGUCAGUGCGGACCAGGUGGACAAUAACUUCUCAAACCCCACAUAUCAGCAGGCAGUGGAGGUGAAGAGCGAACAAGUAGAGGAGAAAAACACACAGGAGUCCAAAUGGAGUUUCUUUAAAAGAAAACUGAAGCCAAGCACAACAUUUGAAAACCCUACUUAUUCAGAGAUGCAGGAUGAGCAGACUCCCGGAGCAGCAGACAGCAGCUCUACAGCAGAGCCGUCUCCGUUUGUUCCUCCCAAACCUCCCAAACGAGAGAAACUGAGCACAUUUACACCCACAGAGGACACUUUCAGAGACACGGCCAACCUGGUGAAAGAGGACAGUGACAUAUGACACUCACACACACUCACGGGAAAUACAAAGACACACUCCCUUUGCACAGAAUCUAUUUUUAUAUGCAGCCUGCAUACGACAGAAAUCAAAUGAAGAUUAUUUUUGAAACAGAAAAAAAAGAACCUAUAGAUGAGAAUAGAU